ACCUCCAUCGAUCGUUAAUCCAGCGGUACGGGCGAUUCCUGCCCACCUUGCCCCUUUCUUGCCCCCAUCAUAUUAUAACUCCAACCUACGAGUACGCUAUCUGCUUUCCUUCCUUGCCUUUAUCGAUUCGAUAGUGCCACCACAUGUAAAUCUACCCGUGCUAUACUGCCCCCGCAGCCCUUCUCUCCCUCUCUUCUCCUCGUUCCCGAAAGAUUCAUCUCCUUUGAGCGCCAUAUUGGAGAUGUCCCCGGUGCUGAACGCUCCAUCCAAAACAUUCCCCUCACUUCGGCGACCAUGACCUGCUUUAAUUCCACCUUCCGACUGUCGGUAGUGCUGCCGGCUCUGUUAUUCCUGCUUUUAAAUUCUGCCCCUGACGUCACUGCCAAACGAGUCCAACGGCCACAAGCUUUGCACCCCAGCCAUAGCAUAUCACCAAAACAUUUCAGUGGGCCGAGCUUCUUCAAGCCCAUUUCUAGUCUAGAUGGCUCAGCGGUGGGGGUUCGUGAUAUGGAGGUAUGUAUCGUUUGCCCAUCAGCUCCGGCGCAACACUAACCCUCAAGCUUGAUCACAGUGCCGACGGGUGCACGAGUUUGAAGACAAAUGCAAGUUUGUGAAGGAGAAUUGCGACGAUGAAGAAGUGGGGUACUUUGAUUACCUGGGGCUCUAUUACUGUCGCUUGGAAAAGCUUCCUGUGGUCUCGCUCAUGAUAAUGGCUGGAUGGCUUGUAAUGUUAUUCACGGUAUGCCUUGUGUCCGCGCACCCGGCGAGGGACCCACCAGUUUUCAAGGUGGGGGGAGAACCUUACGUGAAACUGACCUGCUCUAGACACUUGGUAUUGCGGCGAGCGACUUCUUUUGUAUCAAUCUUUCUACCAUCGCAAAUAUUUUGGGGAUGUCCGAGAGUCUGGUGCGUAGCCACCAAGACUUUCUCUACACCACGCUAAUAUGAUCGAGUAGGCCGGCGUUACUUUUCUAGCCUUCGGUAAUGGAUCACCGGACGUUUUCAGCACAUUUGCGGCCAUGAAGAUAAAUUCGGGAUCACUUGCCGUCGGCGAACUUAUCGGCGCUGCCUCUUUUAUUGCUGCCGUGGUAGCGGGUUCUAUGGCCAUUGUGAGGCCCUUCCGAGUGGGCAGGAGAUCAUUUGUUCGGGAUGUCUGCUUCUUCAUUGUCGCCGUAUUAUUCGGCAUAUUCUUCCUAGCCGAUGGAAAGAUACAGAUGUGGGAAUGUGUCGUGAUGGUGAUGUUUUACUGCUUUUAUGUAUGCUUUGUCGUGGCGUGGCAUUGGGCCUCUCAGUCGAGGAAGCGAAGAAGGAGGAAGGAAAGAAGUGCUAGGGAACACUAUGCGGCACCCGAAGAAGAGGAAACAAUCGACGAUGAUGAUGAGGACGGUGGGGUGGGUGAGACCACCGGACUCCUAGACUCCACUCAUGAUUUCCGUGCUCUUGAGCGCGGGGAAAGUGAAGACAACGACGAGGAAGAACAGGAGCAACAAGCGUACGCAGAAUUAAGCAAUAACAUGCGACUCACUAGGCCAGCUGUGGAGAGGCAUAAUACACCAGCUACGCCACAUGGGAUCAGGCCUUCUCUAGUUGGUGCCUUAGAAGUGAGAAUCCCUACGUCGUCUUGAUGUGCCCUGAGAGUUAAUACGAGUGUGCGCCGGCUGCAGUUUCGGGCGGUGCUAUCCUCUCUGGAAAAAAACAAGAAUUUACAAGGGAGCCCUAUCCACCUUCGCCGAUAUUCGGACGGCCCCUUCUUGAGCUUAAACCCUUCGUCAUUCUCGGCUCCCGGGUCCUUGGUUGUUCCGGAGAAUUUUGGAGACCGUCAUUCACCAGAAGAUGACCCUGUUGCAGAUCCUAACACCGGAAGAUCGCGUGGGAUGUCAGUGAAUGAUUCUGCUAGAGCCAAUGUUGAUCAUGAAUACUUUGGUAGGUCUGCAAAUAGUUUACCUCAAGUCAAUAUAACACAACCGACACCUUUAUCCUCGCAAUUAAUCCUGGCAACCGAUGGGGCAUUGUUCGCUCGGGCCAAAACUCCCGACUUUCUUUCACCACCAUCCCCGACCGGGUAUCCGAGGGGCUCAAGGUACUCACCCACUCACUCUGAACCCACGAGCCCAUUGAGCCAGGCCUCCUCGGGCGCUCCUCAUGUUGGCCCGGCAUCGGAUUCCGGUCCACAGCACUUCACCGAAUCCCCACGACCCUUUGGCAGUCCAUCAGCCUCUCCUCCACCUUCAAUCCGCCUCCCUCCUCCCUCUAUAAGCCCGGCAUCAUUAGGCACACCAUCCGCAGGGGGUAGCCGGAAGAUACUUAGAUACUGGCCGUACCAUAUACUCCCUCCACCCCGGGUCCUGUUCGGAACCCUAUUCCCUACCCUUCGAGGGUUCAAAGGCAAAUCACUCAUGGAAAAGUGUCUUGGCUUUAUCGCGCUGCCAAGUGUGUUCCUGCUCACAAUAACACUGCCGGUUGUUGAGGGGGGAUCUCAAACCAGUGAUAAGACACCCACAGUAGUUUUGGAACCUGAAAGCCCCGUCAGCACUGUCACGGGAGGAGACCUAAUGUCUAUCAACGGCGCCUCCAGUAGCCCUGGCAAUGGAGUAAGUGCACCGGAUGACAUUGGCCCAAAAGAGUGGAACAGAUGGCUCGUAGCAAUACAAUGCAUCACUGCCCCGAUUUUCAUGGUUGUCAUGUUUCUUGCAGACGAUGGCGUCCGACUGCUGAAACCCAUUCUCUAUGCACUCCUUGGGGGACUGAUCGCGUUGGCAUCUUUACUUGUUCUCACCACUCCAGAAAGGCCACCACGGUGGAGAUAUCUUCUUUGUUUUGCUGGAUUUGUCGUGGCCAUUGGGUGGAUCAGCGCCAUUGCCAAUGAGGUGGUGGGCGUUUUGAAGGCGUUUGGAGUCAUAUUUGGUAUCAGUGAUGCGAUCUUGGGACUUACCAUCUUCGCUAUCGUAAACCAUCCCCCCCCCCCCCCCCGGUAAUUACAUCAUGCAACUGCUAAUCGCUAUGGAUGAUAGGGAAACUCCCUCGGCGAUCUCGUGGCCGACAUUACAGUUGCCCGACUCGGUUUCCCGGUCAUGGCGCUCUCCGCAUGCUUUGGUGGCCCUAUGUUAAACAUUCUUCUCGGAAUCGGUAUUUCAGGGCUCUACAUGACAACCAUCUCUCAUUCGCACAAGGGCGCAGAUUACUACCCUAUAGAAGUCUCCUCUACACUAAUCAUCUCUGCCGCUACGCUUCUCAUCACCCUGGUUCUACUGCUGGUUGCGGUGCCAUUGAACCGAUGGAUGAUGACGAGACAGAUUGGAUUCACGCUUAUCGGCCUGUGGGUUGUCAGUACGAUUGUUAACGUGAUUGUCGAGUUGACGGGCUUGGGGAGUAAAUGGGGAGGUAAAAUCGCGGUUUGACGCUUGUUUGAUUGAUAUUCACGGAGUUGGGGCUUGGAUCGCGAAUAAGGUAUUUUUAAUGCUUUGCUCAGCAUUUGUUCGAGGGAUAUAGUUCGAUUUUCCUUUUUUUUUUUCAGCUGUGCGGGUUUGGAUUGUGGAAUUGCUGCGUAGAUAAUGUCUCCACCAUGUCCUAUGAUCUUUCUAGCUGACCGUGGGCUGAGUGGAGUGAUACACUAUGUCGAGGGUCAUGGGAGAUUAUCUCGUCGGUGGUUUUAUGGCGCCGCAUACGGCUUUAGUACAUCGCGCCUCUUGAUAUCCAAUGCCGGUAUAUAAAAAUCUUUAUAUCAUAUCUGACCACAC